UGGACUUGAUUGUUUGUUUGUGGAAAACUCGUUAGAAAGUAUUAAUAUGUCAUUAAAAUUAAGGUUUUAAAUAUAUUAUAAACAAAAUCAUUAUCUUUCUCAUCAGUCUAAAUCUUUUCCGUAUCACAGUGGAACUAUCCACAUUUUAUACUUGUUAGCCUUGAAGUUUAUGUCAUUUAAAUGAGUGUUGUUUAUUUAACAUUUUAGUGAUAUUAGUCGUAAUUUCAUGAUUAUAUGGCUCUGACGUUUGACUUAUGUUUUGCGACAAACUGGAAGAGGCAUGUUUUACCCACGCAUUCGGGAGAAAAGCGCAAGUUUAGUAGUUGUCAGCUGGACUUGCCUGGCGGUGCUGUGCGCUUCGUCCACGGCACCCUGCGACAAAACCCGCAGGGUGUUCACGGAGCGGAGUGGGAUUAUUACAGACGGACCUAGUAGCUCGAACUACACGCAAGACUCACACUGUGAAUGGCUAAUUAAAGCAGCAAAUAAAAGUCAGUACAUAACCUUAAGUUUCCUUCGUAUGGGCACAGAAUGUUCAUAUGACUACGUAUUUGUGUAUGAUGGUGAUUCUUUCGAUGCACCUCUAUUAGGAAGUUUCAGUGGAAAAACCGAACCACAAAAUGUUACAGCCUCUAGUGGAUAUAUGCUCAUAUUACUUUAUAGUGACACAAAUUAUGUAUUAGAUGGGUUCAGAGCAACAUAUGCAAUUCAUAAUUGCCCCAAUAAUUGUACUGGACGUGGUUUGUGUAUGUCAUUUAAGUGUUUCUGUGGAGGCAAUUGGGGAGGACCUGAUUGUAGUGUGAAACUUUGCCCCAGCGGAUGUUCAGGAAAUGGGCAAUGUGCAGGUGACAGGUGUCUGUGUAAAAAGGGGUACUCAGGGGAGGCAUGUUCCUUAAAAACUAAUGACAAAGAAGGCAAUAGCUGGCAUUGGCUCUCUCACACAGAAAGUGGCAUGACAAAACGGGCAGCUCAUUCUGCAAUAUAUGUUAACCAAACAGACUCUUUAUAUGUAUUUGGAGGUUAUGAUCUAAACAGGGUUUUAGGCUUAUUGGAGAUUUACAAUUUUUCAACUAGUCAAUGGUGUGACGAAAACGGAAAAGUUCUACGUCGUUAUCCUUCAAAUGAAGAGAUUGAUAAGUCUCUAUUAACUCUUUUUACCAAGGGAAACAUCGAUGGCAGCUGGCCAAUAGGCAAUCGGAGUUCACUCUUCAAUUUACUUUUAACAUCAUUCUCACACCAUGACAAAACUACGUUACCUCUGAUGUAUUCCCACUCUUCCACACCUUACUCGGAAAGCUACUUGCAAUUCACCGAUCGACCUGAAUUUCUCGAAUCGAAUCUCAAAUCUAAUGACUCUAACCCUGAACCUAGAUAUGGUCACUCGGCGUGUGCCUUUGGUAAUGGCUUUUUAUUAUAUGGUGGAAAAUUGUCCGACGGAAGUUUGUCUUCUGAGUUGUGGUAUUAUGACGCAAUAGCUAAGACUUGGACGUUAAGAGCAGCUAAUUCUACCUUUAACCCGCCUGGGUUGACCCGCCAUACAUUAACGGCAGUUAAAGAUGAACUGUAUUUGUUUGGUGGCAGUACUGUGGAUGGCGAGUUUUCUUCAAGCCUUUACAAAAUAAAAUUGGUUGAACCAAGUACAGAGACUUGGGAGAAAAUACAAGUGCGCGGCGGCAAAGAGCUAGAUGUGCGAGUGGUGGCACAUACUGCGGUUUAUCAUGCUCAUUCUAACUCUAUUUUAGUGUAUGGAGGUGUGGUUGCUAGUGUUGCGAGGUUUUCGAAGCUGUCGGACAGAAUGUUUGCGUUUGACCUAGACUACAAGCAUUGGAGUGAAAUUCACUAUCCUCGAGCUCAUUUACGCGACACCUACGUUCCGCGCGAACGAGCCUUCCACACUGCGACGAUCAUCGGUAACUAUUUAGUCGUGUUUGGUGGAUAUUCGCACAGGCAUAACCGUGAAGAAAUAUGCUACGAUGGUCAAAUGUACCUAUACCAUCUCGGAUGUCACUCUUGGAUUCCACUAGACGUUUUAGGAAAAAAUCGCAAGUUUUAUCCAAAGAAGCAAGGCGUUUUUGCGCACGCCGCCGCUUUGAGACCACCUUCCACUUUGCUUAUUGCUGGGGGAUACCAUGGAAAUGUCAAUGGUGAUCUGUUAGCAUAUGUAGUUCCAAGUUGGCACGCUGGAAUAACAGACAAGGACCCGGAGACCGCUUGCCCGCGACAUCGCACGCAGCCUGAAUGUCUAGCAGACCCUGAGUGCGGCUGGUGUUCAGCUGAUGAUAUAUGCUACGGAAGAACAGGGUCAAACUGUACCACGAAUUUGCAAUCAAUUAGAUGCGGUGGAAUUUGUCCGGCAUUAGGGGACUGCCACUCAUGUCUCAUCCACGGACCUCCACUAGGAAAAAAUAGUUCGCGAACGCCGCUAACUUCAGUCAGCACAAAAUUGGGCUUAUAUCAGUGUACUUGGUGUGUUCAAAACGCCCGAUGCCACCUUAAAGACGAUAGUUACGGCGUAUGUGGUGAAGAUACACCUUCUGAGAAUCCCGGUUGGUGGGGUACAACUGGAACUGAAGUGACAAUCCCGGAAGAAUGUAAAAUUUUAGAUAAAAGGCCAGGACUGACAUUUCUGAGAUACCAACAACCAGCCGAUUGGAAUCAUCCAGACGGUGUUUCUGUUGUUAAUGCGACGACUGUAGACUGGGGCACGGGAGGAGGCAGUAAUCAUAUAUUCAGUGGGGCAAGCGAAGCGAGGCUUAGAGGCUGGUUACAUAUACCACAAUAUUGGAAUGGGUCGGGGGAAACUUUACACAUGUGUGCAGGAUACUCCAAUUUGUCCGUAAGUCUAGGAGAUGGCACUGAGCCAAUUGCCAAUUUAACGGCUCAGCCAUCUUCUUGUGUGCCGAUAGACUGGCCUGCUUUGCUUCCCGGUCGACUCGCCGUCGAUAUGCAUGCUAACGAUUCCUUGCAUACGGGGCUAUAUCCCUCUCAUCAUCACGCCAAAAUGGAACUUCUUCACAACAAAUCACAAGAAAGCGCCAAGGUAUUCACAUUUGAAUUUUUAGAACCAUAUUCAAACGGUCAAUGUUUAAACUACGAUAAUUGCUUACUAUGUCUAUCUGAUGCGGCUUGCGGAUGGUGCGAGUUGACAAAUCGCUGCGAACAGAGAAAUGUCGACGAGAAAAUGACAUGUGCAGCCGACGGCGAGUGGAGAUAUCUCACUUUGCAACCGGCCGCUUGUCCAAAUUGCUCAAACUAUAUCAGCUGUGAGCGGUGCGUAUCCGGAAACUACUGCGAAUGGUGGGCAGACGAGGCGCGAUGUGCUCGACGUGGUAGAGCCAGUGGAGCCAUCGUUGAUGAGACCGCGUGUCCGGCACCUUGUCGCAUGCGUCUGGAAUGUGAGGAUUGUCUUGACGAACGCGGCCGCUGUGUUUGGUGCGAAGCAACCCGACAGUGCUUUAGUUUUAGUGUCUACACCAGCGAGUACCAGUUUGGUUUAUGUCGCGAAUGGCUCGAUCGUGCUUCCAUACCGGCUGAAGAAGCUACUCGAAAGGCUAGUCAGUGUAAAUCUUGCAAAGCGCAUACUCAGUGCUCUUCGUGUUUGCGGAACAUGGGCUGUGGUUGGUGUCAUUCUCAUGAGAAUCCGAUUAACGGUUUGUGCACGGAGGGUGAUUUUACGCGAUCGCACGUGGACUGCGCUACUCUUUUAAACGUUAGCUCAUCAGACGCCGGGUGGGCGUACCCGCAAUGCCCUGACGUUGACGAGUGUGGGCUCAGGCUUCACGAUUGCCACGAGAAUGCCGUAUGUAACAACACGCACGGUUCAUACACAUGCAAGUGUAAACAGGGCUACAUAGGAGACGGCAAAAAGAGCUGUAUGAGAACUUGUUACAACAAUUGCAUACAUGGAUACUGCUUAGGCGCACCGCAAUAUAAAUGCCACUGUGAUCUGGGUUGGACCGGAGCGGAUUGUUCAAUUAACUGCGGCUGUCAUAACCACUCUACGUGUAGGACGGGGGUCGGGAGAUGUGACGAGUGCCAAGACUGGACGGAAGGUGAGUUUUGCGAAUCUUGUAAGCCCGGAAGCCAUGGAAACGCAACUACAGGACAAGGCUGUCGACGCUGUGAUUGUAAUGAUCAUGGGGAUGAAACGCAAGGUGUUUGUGACGUUUCAACGGGUGAAUGUAUUUGCAAAGAUAACACAGAAGGCCAAAAUUGCGAACGAUGUAAACCAAAAUUUUACGGGGAUCCACGACAUGGAGGCAGAUGUUAUUAUCAGUGUGAACCUAGGGGAAUGCUGAAUGCGUCACAGACUGAAGGUAUUGGGUCCUAUAAAACCGAUCCGGAUAUAAAAAGCAUUGGGCCAAUAAAAGAGUGUUUGUGGAUCAUAUCUUCAGAGAAUGUCAAAGACGCUAUAAUACAGUUUACAGUGAACUCAUCUUCGUUCAAUGUGCCUUGUGACGAAAAUGCCGUCUACGUUUACGAUGGAUUAGGCGGUGUACCAGAUUUAACAAAUAACCAACAGAGUCAACUAUUAGGUGUCUUUUGUAACGGUGCCUCUUCAGGAGUUGUUGAAGCUCGAAGUGGUAAUUUGACUGUUCAUUAUAAACAAAGUCAACCUGAACAAGGAUUUGAAGGAGUUUACAAUGUUCUUGCCUGUGAUGGGUACUGUUCUUGGCCGAGAGUUUGUAAUAAUAGACAUUGUGUAUGCAGAGAAGGUUUCGGAGGGUUCGACUGUGCCGUGGAAAUUUGCCGAAAUAAUUGCAGUAUGCAUCUUAAGGGUGGAACUUGUGACACGAGUUAUGGAAGAUGUCUUUGUAAUGACGGCUUUGGUGGCGACGACUGUUCACUUAAACUUGACAAAUCGCAACUUGUUUUCACAGAGCUAUUUAAUUCUGAUUUUUUGUCAGAUGAUCUCGAUCAUUUGAGAAAGACGCUGCCUAGAUUUGGACAUAGCUUGGUUGCCGAUAGACGUGGUUUAUGGAUGUUUGGCGGAUACUCUCUUUCGCAUGGACCGUUAAAUGACAUUAGAUAUUACGACACAAAAAACAAUACAUGGAUGCUAGUUACACUAGAUGCUACACCUGAUCCCAAAAUGCCCGAAGGAAGAUAUUUUCAUGCUGCAGAAAUUUACCAUGCUAAACAAAAUAUAUAUAUUUAUGGUGGCUUGAGUCUGCAAGAUAAAAGUGGCCAAAACAAAACAUUGACUGACUUCUGGCAGUUUAGUUUAAAAGAAAAACGUUGGAGUCUUAUAAAAAAUAAAGACGAGUUCCCUCCUCCACUUGCUGGGCAUACAUUAACGUUUCAAAAAUAUCAAGAUUACGAAAGUUUAGUCCUUAUAGGAGGAUUUUCGUUGGAAGAAGGUUUUAUGACGGAUGUCUGGGAAUUUGACUUAGACAAUGACAAAUGGAUAAAACUGGUAUGUGUCGGCUCAAAGCCAGUGGGUUUAAUUGGUCAUAGCACCGUUUACCACGCGCCUUCACAGAGCAUUUACGUAUUUGGUGGAAUAUUAUACAUAUACAACGGAACAAUAAUAUCUAACAAAUUGUUUUCCUUCCACUAUCCCACUAAAACUUGGAGCGAGCUGCCAACUUUUCCAAGCUUGAACAACGCUCACGACAGCUUACCUCGGCCGACGUAUCUUCAUUCGGCAGUUACGACUAAUGAUUAUAUGAUUGUAUUCGGUGGACGAACAGUUCCAGACAGACGAUCUAAUUCUCUGAUCGCGUAUAUUUACAGCUGCAAUCAAUGGGUCAAGCUUUCAAAAGGCGCGAGUGUACUAGAUCAUCCUCCACCACGAACGAUAGCCCACGCUAUGGCCAUAGACAUGGAAUCUGAAAACGAUUGGAACAUUUACAUAGUGGGGGGUUGGACAGGCAGUGCAAAUUGCCAGGUGACGCGCAUUACUUUACCUGAUGAUUUGUGUUCGCUCUGGAGUUCUAGUAAAAUCGAAUGCAGAAGUCAUAUGGGUUGUAGCUUUUGUAGCACUGGAGAUUACACUAAAUGUUAUUCUGUUGAUAACCCGGGAUGUGAGGGAAGUGAUAGGAUAUCUACAAAUGCCGGUGCAGCUUGUGAUGCUGAUUUAGUAGCGAGGCGCCCUUGCGACAACUUUACAUCGUGCACUUCAUGCUUAGCGGCAUGGCCCUUGUAUCCGGAAGAAAAACCCGUUUGCCGUUGGUGUGAAACUUGUGCUGCUGGUGUGGGCGAAUGUGUACCAACUGAUGAAUCAUGUACUAGUAUAAAAUGCAACGCCGGAACUACAUAUAUAAGUGACUCGACCGAGUGCCCAGAACUGCGAUGUGUGGCACCUGAUUGUGAAAAAUGUGUUUCUAAUCAAUGCUCCUGGACGAGACUGGCCAAUAGAGAAGCACAAAUAACAAGAAUAACGGAUGAUCCAACAGAGCUCUAUAAUUGGACGUGUGCCACAACAGACGAACCGGGACGUGCAAGUUUACGCGCUCUUUCCCUAAAACUUGGCCAUUCGUAUUUUGGGGUGACUAAAGACGAGUGCCCGAGUAGUUGUCACCUGUACGACGACUGUCAGUCCUGCUUGAGCUCUGAAGGUGCUGAGGGUGGUUUUUCUGAGUGUCACUGGGCUAGUUAUCUCGGCACUUGUAUAUCUCCCGCCUACCAACCCGUGUAUUGCGCAGGCGGUGUUUGUGGUUUAGUUUUGACUAAAGCGGAUAAGAAUAAGUGUCCAGCUCCAUGUGACACUUUCGAACAAUGUACAGAGUGUCUACACCAUUCUCACUGUGGUUGGUGCGCUCUCGAAGGAGAGAACGGAGAAGGCGUGUGUACAGAAGGCUCUAUUGAUUCUCCAUUGGAAUACUCAACGCGUACGACCUGUGCGGCCGUAUAUACGAACGUGCAUCAGAGUAAUAACACUAAUGACACAUUCUCUUGGCACUACACCCGAUGCCCGUCAGAAAACGAGUGCGAAAACAAUCACCAUCAAUGUAAAGCUGAAUCUGAGGUAUGUCGUGAUCUGCCAGAAGGAUAUGAAUGCACGUGCGGCGCCGGACACAAGCGCGUAGGUGGUGCGUGCGCGGCCGUGUGUUCGCAGGGUUGCGUGCGCGGCGUGUGCGUGCAACCGGACCGCUGCCGCUGCGAUUUCGGCUACGUCGGCGCGAACUGUACUAUCCAAUGCCAGUGCAACGGCCACUCUCAUUGCGAGGGACCAGACAAACUGGACGUGUGCACCGAGUGUCAUAACAACACUAUGGGUAGCCAAUGUGAGAAAUGUAAGCCUAAUUUCGUAGGCGAUCCAACUGAUAACGGGCAAUGUAUACCCUGCUCUGUUUAUUGCCACGGCCAUACCUCAGUGUGCACGAACGAGGCGGACGCAUCGCUGAUAGCUCGUGACAUAAGUAACGCGGACUUGGAGGAGUAUUACCGCGAGGGCGGGGCCAAGGCUCGCUGCGUGCGGUGCGCAAACAAUACGGACGGGCCACGAUGUGAGCGAUGCAUCGAGGGAUACUUCAGAGGAUCGGAAGAUUUUCGGGAUCCAUGUCGUCCAUGUGAAUGCCACGGUCACGGCGACACAUGCGACCCCGUGACGGGCGAGAAGUGCAACUGCGGCAACAACACCGAGAGUGACGCGUCGUGCCAGACCGCGUCCUCCAGCAAGAACUCAGCGCAAGAGUGCUGGCGUCACCAGUGCGUGAAGUGCCGCGACCCGUACAUGGGCGACCCGCGCAAUGGUCACCAGUGCUACAAGAUCAUAAACAUCGAGAACAAACUCUGCUUCGAUGGCAAAUCUAUAGAUGAGUGCAAAAUUAAACCACGCCCUCUAUACCCGGGUCAAACAGUAUUCGUGGCCGUAAAUCCGAGAUAUAUGAAUGUGGACAUAAGAGUAAUUGUGGACGUAACGCAAGGUGCUGUUGAUUUGUAUAUGAGCCCGAAUGACAGCUCCUAUGUGGUAUCCGUUAAUUCUAGUACGGGCUCUCACGCAGUAGAGCUGGAUCCAACUUAUUACAAACACGAGCCUUUUCGGAAAAUGCCCACUUUCGAAGAUCACAUAUUGGAAAAACCAGGAAAAAUAACGUGGUAUUAUGAUAAAACAGAAUACGCGCUUGCGGAUUAUACAGCCAAAGACCUGGCGACAUACGUGACAGUUGACAAGAGGAAUGUUUUGCUUCGAGUUAAGAAUCUUCGCAACCGUCUCGUCCUAACCUUGCCGCAGAAUAUACAUGAUCUCACUCACACGAAGUUCUAUAUCAUUAUUAGAGCUAGACACACAGAAGAUGGUUCUGCUAGUUUUGGGAUCACUUUCUUUCGGCAGGAUCAGUUGCACAUCGAUCUCUUUGUGUUUUUCUCGGUGUUCUUUUCGUGCUUUUUCCUGUUUUUGGCGGCGUGCGUGGUUGCGUGGAAGGCGAAACAAGCUGCGGAUGUUCGGAGGGCUAGAAGAAGACAUGUUGUGGAGAUGCUGCAUAUGGCGAAACGACCUUUCGCCGCAGUUCGCGUUGUACUGAACCCGGGCGCUUGGGUACGUCGCCGGCGGGCGGAGUUGCGGCCUGUCGCUAUUGAACCAACGUUCGACACCCGCGCGGCUGUUACUACACUUCUUGUCAGGUUACCCGGUGGUUCCCGUGCUCCGGUGCGCAUGGCGCUCGCGUCAGCGCUGGUGUUGGUUACGCGUGGCCAGCCCGCUCGCCCGCGUGCCCGCCGUGUCGUGUCCUAGCAGGAGCACGGACAUGUGCAUUAUCACUCGUCCGGCCUUUACGGCAUACACAUGUAGAUAAAAAAAAAUCUGUGCAAUUCACACAGCGGAAGUGAAACUUCUAAAAAGUAGAAAAGAGAGAUUGAGAUGGAAAUAGAGUAUCAGGAGUAUUAGUAUAUAUGUAAGGUUAAUUAUUUUUUACCUAACUUAUAAAAUAUUUAAUAUUAUUAAUUCGUUUUCGUGGUAUUCGUUUUUAAACAUACUGUGUAAUGUAUUCUAUCUCGUUCUCUUGCUACAUUGAAGUGUUUGUUUCUUUAUCGUAGCGCUCGUUUUAUCGAGUUACAAACACAACGCUUUUUUAAAAGUUUCACUUCAAAAAAAUCUAAAAUUUAUCAAACUUUAGGCAAUUCCAGUGAAUGUGGUGUGCAAUAGUUUCUGCUUUAUACAUAGUUAAAGAAGUGUGCAAAGACAUUCAAGAGAAACGAUGUGCACUCGUUGCUUCGGAGUUCCAGAAUACAGUAUAACGGCUGCAACCGUUAAAAACAUCGAAGAAGUCGAUGUAAAUAAGGCAGCUCUAGGCCACUGUUUAAAGCAAAAAAUAUCUUGAUUACAGAUAACAUUAAUAGAUAUACAUAGAUACCUCCUAAGGGUGGUCUGCGAUUACAUGACACUACGGUAUCCAUUCGAGAAUUUAUUGGAUUUAUUAGACAAAUAGAAAACCGGGGGUAAUUCAUCAUUAUUCUGUACCCUGUACUACUAGGGGAACAUAAAAGCGCAGCUAAAAAAUCGUAAUUACGCUUAUUAUAUAUACAAUUCGAAAAUUAUUUAUGUAUACAUCUGAAACUAUUAAAAUCGCAUAUAUUCUAACACUUAAGUUAGUUUACUACGAUCUUAAAUAGGCCUGAGCAAUUUCCAAAAUUCUAGUGUAAAUUUAUUAUUAUACGUACAGAUUCGAGAAAUUGUUGUAUCACGUUAAAUUUAGUUCAAUAUUUCAAAGAUGACAGUCGUAUUAAGGUUUAGUAUGUAAAGUGUUUUGUCAUAGUAUUGUCAUGAACGUAACCAUCCAAUUUAUUAGCUAAAUAUACCAAGAUCUGAUCUGACAAGUUGAGGGUUAUGUUAUAGAAGAUGUAUAUAAAUUAUUGAAGAAAAUAAUGUAAAGUAGUUAUCAAAAUCAUAUUAUGUAUAUUUGGUUAAAUGGAUUUGUAUAAUAAUGCACAAUAGUAAGUUUUUUUAGUGUUAAAUUAAUUAAUAGCAUAUUAUUUAGGUAAAAAGCACAACCAUUAUGAUUUAUUUAAGGAGAGGAUUUAUUUAUAUAUAAAUAUAUAUUUAUAAGUGAAUUUACAGUAAUUGUCACAGCCGUAUACAGUCAUGGAUUUGCUUAUGUUGAAAUCUUUUUAAGGCUCCGAAUCUACAUAGAAUUACAUUUUCUUGUAUGAUAUUAAUUAACUAAUGUGAACUUAUGAAUAGUUUCGUAUACCUACUAUAGUAGUGACUUUUAAACCCAUAGAUACUAUUUUAAAAAGGCUUUUCCUAUUCGUAACUAUGCCAUAUCGAUUCGAUGCGAGCCAAAGGAAUCAAAAUUAGCGUGAAUUGUGCGCGGGUUGUGAAUAGCCAAUAGUCGCUGAUGCUGUUGUGUUAUUUAUUUCCAAAUUUUAUUAUGUGAUGUUGUAAAACAGAGUUAUGUUAUGGCUUGUUAUUUCUAAAUAAGUUUAGCUAGUAAUUAAUCGUUUGUACGUGCGUACGUAUUUUAUUUAGAUAGAUAAUAUAAUAUGUUGUUAUUAAAUGCUACCGUGAUAGUAUUUUUCUCGGAAAUACUAAAACGUAAUCUCACAAAACGAUAUUCGCGUUGCAACCGUUGCCGUUGCUAGAAAGUAAUAGUACUUUCUCUGGUUAUCUUACUACGAAAUGGUGCUCGCUUUACUUGUGGUAACCUAAUGCUUACAAGUUAACACAACACGUUGGUACAAAUACGUUACGAUGCGUACGUUACGGUGACACGUAGCGACGUAGUCCGUGUCUCGGACCGCACUCAGUAGCCUUAGUACAAGAUUUGCUCACUCGCAGAGGAGCCGUUUUCGUGUAUUGAAAUACUUGAUCAACGGAGUAAGAUCUUAUUUAGACUGUGUCAAAGCUGUGUCAAAUUUACGUACAAUUCUUAUGCUUGGCCUUAUGACAGAAAGUUUGUAACACAAAAAAAUCAGAAGUAAAGGAUUUGCUACUCUAAAAAACAAGUGAUAUUAGGACCAUUUUACGUUGACGAGAAAGAGUUUAAUACUCGAUUGCGAGCGAGCAAAUCUUAUACUAAGGUAACAGAAGUAAGACUUUUCGCGCUUACACACACUUUUAUAAUGAUGGGUUACAAAAGUAAAGCGCCUAUAGUUUUGUGAGUGCACUUGAUUCGUUGAAUAUUUUUCGAUGUAGACUUAAGUAUUAAGACGAAAGGGUCGAUUGACGAUUCGGUUCAAAGGGGAUGGAAUGAAACAUCCACCCUAGAUAACGAAGUUAGUAGGUGGACAGAAGUAUUCGCGUGAGUCACUAUACGCAUUUAGCACAAGACGAGUGUGGAAAGCCCUAUAAAUAAAUAAAUAUAUUAAGGACAAUACACACAUCGCUAUCUAGCCCUAAAGUAAGGUUUUCUUGUGUUAUACGUACUAAGAU